CCUAAUCCACAACCAAAUGUAUGCGACUGGCCACGUGGAACUUGUACUUAUAACAAAGAGCCUUGUCCUCCAAACUGGCAUCGCUGCUCUCAGUUUGACAAAGGAUGCAGACUUCCAACAAACCACUGCUGCUGCCGUAGGUAAGCUGAUGAUACUAAUGAGUAAGUCUAAUUUGCUAUUUCCUGUAUAGAUUAAGUGAAGAGGUGACCAAGAUGAACCCUCUGAAAACCACCCUAUGUAGCAAAAGAGUUUGACUCAGUUGCCAAAAGUAAACCAGUAAAUAACACAAAAAAAGCAAAACAAAAAAAACAAAAACAGGGCAAAAUAUUGUCCCCUCAGUAGUGUCAUAUAUCAGAACUGGGGAGUGACUAUUCAAGGUGCAAAAAGAGACGCCACUUGGAUGGGAGCAUGCGUGAUUGACAUACAGUCAAUUUUCUCUGAGAUAGACACCUUUGGGACGGGCACUAAUUGCGUCCGUCUUAGAGAGAUGUCCUUCUUAAAGAGAGUCCACUAAAAGGAGCAAAGAAAGGCAGGGACCUAAUUUAGGUGUCCUUUUUAGCGAGGUGUCCAUUAAGAGAGAGCUGACUGUAUAUAUCGGUCAAGGUUGAAGAAAUAUCCAGUAAACGAAAAAGCAAAUAAUGACAUGCGAAAAUACUGCCAAAGAGAUUUCGUUUAAAACCUCACCCUGGCGUAGGAUUUUAUGAGCCACACAGGGAGCCCAAACAAACUGAAGUUAGAGGAAAUGUAUAUGGGGAUAAAAUAAAAAUAAGUAAAUGAUGAUUUAGUGAUACCACAUCUAAUUAAUUGUUCUUCGUCUACCUGAUUCUUGGUCGGAUUGGAAUUUGGAACUGUUGGCUUUUUAGGAGAGGGGAAAAUCGAAGUACUCGGAGAAAAACCUCUCGGAGCAAAGGAGAGAACCAACAACAAACUCACACUCAUAUGGCGUCGACGCCAAGUUUGAACCCGGGUCACAUUGGUGGGAGGCGAGUGCUCUCACCACUGCGCUACCUGAAAGCAAUAUAUCUUAUCUUCAAUACAAAAUUAAAUUUAAACUCUUUUGUUUAAUUUUGAUUUAAUAAUAAAAUGUUUUUCCUUUCUUUGUUGCAGUUACUAAUAGACCUGAGGUUAAUGGUGGUAUCACAAAACGCCUUAUGCUUUAAUUAAAAUAGAAAAUGAACAAUAAUGAAAAUAGAUGGCUGAAACAUGCAUAAUCAAGUAAUAACACUAUGAAUAAAUCCUGCAAACUCAUUUGUCAUGAGUUUAAUUUAUCAGCUUAUUGCUGGUUUGGCACGGCAGCCAUGUUGGUCGUCAAGAACAAAAGAACUUCUCUCCUCUGAGAAUUAAACUCAAAUUUCAUGUAAAUUCUUGAAAAAAGUUUUUAUUGUAUUGACCACCAACAUGACCUCCUUGUCACUGAUGGUUGCAAACAAGAAUUACCAACCAAUCCUAGGAUCAGAGCUUGUGUUUCAGUAUGAGAAUAGCAUCCAAAAAAAGAUGAGGAAAUCAUGCUUAAAUAAACGAGGAGGAAACAAGUCUUCCAUAUGCACUAUUUUAUCUGUGAAGAGAUCUUAGAUGUUUUUAUAGUGCCGAAAUCUCAAGCGAGUUACGCAAACCUCAUCCACACGGAGAUCAAUCUUGAUAUUCCUUUGGCAAUGCAUUAGCUAAUCUUCCUGGGAUUUCUACUUCUAGGAGUCAUUGUCUAUAUAAAAAAAAUUAACACUGAUCACCUUUAAAAAAACAAAAACAUUUGUUGUUGAUCAUAGAUAGAGGAGACGCAAACAUCGAAUGAGUUUAUGUUCAAAGCACCUUCAUUUUGUUUUCUGUUGGCAAACAUUUACGGAAUAAAUUAAAACUUUGUCAAUAUAACAAAAUGGAGUUUCUUUUUGAACGUUGUGACUUUGUAUACAAAAACAUAUAACAAAGGAGUCUGACAUAUUUCAUUUUUCAAUUAAAGAUUGAAUGACUUCAAACUAUUUAAUUUGUAAAAUUAGAGUUAAGCUGCCUGAAUCAUUUCAUUUUUAAAAAAGGAAAACUUUAUAAAUGUAUUAAAAGAAUUGUGUUACAAAAGAGUUUACUUAUGUCUGUUUAUUUUCUUUUUUUUCUUUUAAUGAAUGGAGUUAUGUUCAGUUCUGAUUGUAAAUUACAUGCUGGAUCGGAUAAAUAAGACAAUGAGUGGCUAUUAUUGGUAGGGACGUAGGCAAUUAAGUAUUGUGCCAGACUCCAAUAUGAACAGGGGGAAGAGUCUACCACCAAACCAAAAACUCGAACAGUGGCUUAGCUGCCUUUAAGCUAUUAUGCCUGGGCUUAACAAGAAUUUGGGUCAAUAUCGCCAGAUAAAAGGGCGUGAAACUGCAACUCAAUGUCUGUCGCCACGAUGGGUAUUCUAAAGUAGAUUCGUUGUAGGGAUCUCCUACAACUACUAAUAACUACAAAAUGAACCAAUGAGUAAUUCGAUCGAUCUUUGUUGUUUAUCUGAAACAUGGCUGUGACGUGAUAUUGACAGCGCAUUUGUUACCCCAGAAGGGAUAUUUAAUGCUUCGAAAGGACCGAGCCAAACAUGGAGAGGCGGUGGAGCUGCAAUUUUGUCUAGGAAAGACUGAUAGAUGUGAGUGGCAACGAGUAAGAAUGUGGGCAAAGGUAUCUACGACCAAUCACGAUUACUUUGUUCCCUCGGUUUACCAUCCAGCGUCCUUUGAUUAUUAUGAAACGGCUUUUAUUGAAUUCUUAGUUAAUUCCUGCGAAAACAUUCUUGGUAUCUCGCCUGAAUGCAAGGUUAAUUACUGCUGGUGACAUUAAUAAACUUGACUUGAAUUCUCUUACACAAGAAAGUGGUCUUUCGAAACUGGCCAAGACUCCCGAAAAGGAAUGACAGUAUUUUGGAAGUAUUUCUGACACCGAAUAUUUUGGGAAAGUGUGCACUUCUAAGAACCUGACUAAAUCGGAUCAUUCCAGUGUAUUUAUUUUCCCCAAGGUACAAAGUCCCCCAGUGAGAUUUGUCUUUGAAUUUAUUGUCGCCCGGUCUGACCAUCAUAAGAACUGAAGCUUAAUGUUACAGAAACCACAGCGGGCUAUUGAUUGGUCAACUGUCCUUGCUGAAAAUGAUAUCAACAUUGCUACUGACAAGUUUUAGUAUAUCGUCCAUGAAUACUUCAGGAUAAGCUUUCCCUCUUUACGGGUUCAAAAUUUCAUCAAAAGAGCCUUCUUUUAAGUCGCCUUUGUUAAAACAUCUUCUGUCGAAAAGGAAUAUAAAGUUACUGAUGAAAGGGAUGGUACAGGAGGCUAGUUUUUUACAACCAAGGAUAAAACAUCUUAUCAAAGAGAAUCAGUUGAAUCUGACCAAGGUUAACAAUUAAAAACCUGAAAUGGGUAGCACAUUAUUCAAUGUGAACUAUAUUAACACUCACUUUCAGUCAAUCAACACAGACCCAAAUUAUAUCAAACCAGCCCAACUGGAGAUUAUGGAGCAUCAUAAAUUUCGUGUGAUUCAUGAAAUAUCGGUCUUCAAUGCAUUGUCGCAUGUGAAAAGGAUUGCCACUGACCCAGAUGACUUACCUUUUGCUUUUGGAAGGAGAAUGCCCUGGAACUCUCACCUGGGAUAACACAUAUUUUGAAUGUUUCCUUAGUCACCCAGCAAGUCCCUAAGAAUUGGAAGACUGCAAAUGUGCGCCCUAUUCCUUAGGAGACAAAUAAUUCUGCUUUACUGACCAGCGUAGACCAAUAUCAGUCACUGACAUUAUCAUGAGACUUCUUGAAAGAUUAAUCCUGGAUUUCGAAUUGAGGAAACCGGUUUCCUGCUUUAUUCAUUCAGAUCAGUUUGCCUAUAAGAAGGAUUGUAUAACUGAGACUUCCCUAUUAUUUAAUCAAUACUUUUGGAUGAGAUGGCUUUACCCUUGCGAAAUGAAUUCCCAGCUUUCUGGGAAUUCCUAGGAAUUCCCAAAAAUUCCCAACUAUGCAAAUCAGCCUUCAUCAAAUAAGCUUGGAAUUCUUGAGAAUUUUUGGGAAUGGCAAAUUAGGUCUCACUCUAGGCUUGGAAUUCCUAGGAAUUCCUAGGAAUUCUAAGUUUUACAAUUUUAGAAGCUUAAGAAUUGUUGAGAAUUUCUGGGAAUAGAAAAAUUCAGGCCAACUGGGCUUGGAAUUCCUGGGGAUUCCUAGGAAUUCUAAGUUAUGCAAAUUAGGAACUCAGCUCAGGGAUGUUUAAAAAUCAGAAAGACUUUAAAAAUUGUAGAAGAUUUUGUAGUCUCUUCUUAUUUUUUCACAUUUUAAUUUUAAGUGAUUGCACUGAAACAAUUCUAAACUUAUAAUACAGAACAUACUGGUAAUGUAUACUUCUAUACUUACAUUCUUAUAUUCAACUCAAUGUUACCUUAAUCUGGUAAUGCUGACAUGUGGCGAAUGCUGUUCACAAACCUCCAACCAGUAUUUAAAUUAAGAUAACAAUUUAACGUAUCUAAAUUACGUUAUUACAGCAUGUUACAGCAAUAAAUAUUUAAAGCUGUUACAUGUCCAGUACACUUUCAGUGCAAAAUGUUGUCUGAAAUGAGAAGUCUCUUUUUUAAAAAUAUGAAGUGCAUUUCCAGUCUGAAAUGUACGUUGUUUAUCCACAUACUCCACGGAAAUUAGGCAAACGCAUAAGACAUGGGCUGUCUUGAUUCCCUUCAACCCUUGCAUCAGGAGUGCAGUCAAAAGCAUGGCAAGCCCGGCCAAGCUCGGAACAACGGCCGCCACAACACGUUUUUCGUCGCAGUUCUUUGAUUGAUAAUGUGGUCCAACAUUUUCUUUCCCAACUUAAAAGAACAACGUUAAGUUUACUUCUUGCUUUUAACACUUCAAAUGUGUUGCUUCAUCUUAAUUAACGUUGAAAAUAACUGCUAUUUCGACCUAAACGGGAGCACUUCGCAAGAUGGACCUCACAACAUUAGCCGCCAUGUUUUCUUGUUUCCCAGGCUUCCACGCGUGCCUUUGCCACAUGCGCGAUUUGAUUUACUUUGUCACGUGCGAAUAAAAAAGUGCCAAAUGAACUUCCGUUGAAUAGUUCAAAUUCACGCGGACUUGACAAGCAACAAAGUAUUUUCGCAAGACUGUCUUUCUAUUAUCCAUGUUAUUUUCGAGACAAAUUGAUCAAUUGCGAAGUUUGUGUUCACAUAAAGCAUGUUUGCAAGUGAGAUUACUCAGCUGGAUUAAUGUGGAAAGGUAUGUUUUCCAAUAACUUUGCGUAAAUAAGCUUACAAAGUUCAAAGAUGCAUGCGAAGAUAUGCCAUUGAUCAGAUCCCUUUUUGCUGCUUUUUGUUUACUGCAGAUCAAAAGAACUGUACUCUUUGUUGCAAAUAGUCAGUGGAAUACUCUGAAAACUGUAUGUUCUGGCGCUACAAGGUUAUAGCAGACUUGUCAAGACCAAUGUUAGAUAAAAUAGGAGAAGAAAUAGCAUAAUAAGUAUAAGUUUCCAACGGCUACUUAUACAAGUUAGAAGCAAUGAAAUUUCCAGUUAAUUUAUAAGGACUUGAGACUUGAACUUACAUAUAAAAUAUUAGAAUACAGCCGGUAGGUUUGUUCAUUUGAACUUUAAUUCAUAGUAUAGGUUGCAUAAGGUUUUAUAUUAAAUGCUUCUGGUACAUGUAAUCUUAAUAAUCGCUGCAAUAUUAAGGUCAAAAACAAUUAGCACUAGCACUUGCCUGAUGUGUGGACCUUCAGUUCAGAAGGCUGCAUCGGCUACAUUGGAAAAAGCAGUCAUUUAGCUUUUUUUUCAUAUUCAUGCACUAUAUUAAUUAUUCGAAGAUGUUUAUUUACAUGCAUGUGUGUGGAAUGUGGUGAUGUGUAUGUUGGCUAAAAUAAAUUACGAAAAAGAGAAUGUUCAGCUGAUGUUGUCAUUUGGAUUAAAAACAAACACUAUCUGUAGAUUCCACCAACAGGGUAUGUUUUUAUAUAUUUUUUUCAAUCAUGACUAGGUAUAAGUUACUUUACAUUAUCUCACUAUCUAGAGAUUCCACCUGAACGGGUUAUGUUUUACAUUUUUUUUUUCAAUCAUGACUGUAGCGAUAGUUUACUUUACACUACAUGUAUAUCUAUGUGUAAGUAUAUCUAUAUCUAAGUUUAUUCAUUUGUUUAUACUACUACAUGAGAAAUUUCUACAAUUUGAUUGGCUGAGAGAAGUGGUAUUUCAGCUUAAUUUGAAAUACCUUAAUGUGAAAAUUACAAACCUUUUACGGGUAGUAGUAUAAACAAAUAAUAGCAUGAUUUGUUGUGAUAUUUGGCAUAAAUACCACUCGUGAUAUUUCAAAAUUGUCUCAAAUUUCACUUGCCUAAUGGCUCGUGAAACUACGUAUAACAAUUUCAAAAUAUCACUCGUGGUAUUUAUGCCAAAUAUCACUACUAAUCAUGCUAUUACAUAUACAUAGAAGGACUACAGUCAUUAUACUGAAUUAUUUGAUUCCUACUUCACAAAAACUCAUUGUCUUAAAUUUGAUUUUUUGAGGUCACUGUUGUAAUUUUUGGAACAUUUAAACGAUCAGUGCAGUGAAAUUUUUAAGUCAAGUUAAAGCAGAAGAAGUAUUUUUUGUUAACAUGGAGAGCUAUUUUUCAGUUAUUGCUGGAAUAAACAUUGCUUCAGUUUUUGUACAUUUGCCUUAUGGGUUUCUGGUUCGGAGAGCAAAAUAGCAACUUCUACUAUUAACUUCCUUAACAAAAGGGUUUAAAUGCAAAUCAGUUUUUGAUUCGAAUAUCCCUUAAUUCCGGCAGCAGGUCGAUUUGUUACAUCCCUAUUGACCUAGCUAUUCCAAGCUAUUCCAAGGAAUUCCUAGGAAAUUCCUAGGAAUUCCUAAGAAGUAAUCAUUCUGUUUAUAUUCUUUCAAUUCCUAGGAAUUCCUAAGAAUUCCUAGGAAUAUUUUCCAAGCCAACUGAUGGGUGAGCAAAGCUUGGAAUUCCUAGGAAUUCUUAGGAAUUCCAUGUUCCAAUUACCGUGAAAUUUCACACCUUGAUUCCUAGGAAUUCUUAGGAAAAUCCUAGGAAUUCCUAGGAAUUCUCAAUUCCAUUUCGCAAGGGUAGUUCUGUCUUUUGAAUUCUCGAAAGCCUUUGACUCAGUUUCCCAUAGAUUAGUAACUAAUAACCUUAAUAAGAAAGUGCCUCAUAUUACCCCUUAUAUUGUUAUUUGGGUUAUUGACUUUUUAAUUAAAAGAUCGUCAGCAAAGGGUAUGUGUACACAAAGUCAUGGCCCCAUUUUUGCCUGUCAAUCAAGGUGUACUCAAGGCACUGUUCUGGGACCUGUACUUUUUACCGUCAUGGUUAAUGAUAUAAGUCCCACCUCUUAGAGUACCUUGAUGACUAAAUAAGCUGAUGGCAUUACGUAUACCCGUUGGGCUGAGUGAGAAUUUGAUGAAACUUAACAUAAGUAAGACCAAGGAACUUUUCAUAAAAGGAAGAAUAACCUUUCCCUUCCCCUGAGCCAAUUGUUACCAUGAAACGUGUGUUAUAUCUGAAGCUUCAUGGAGUGACAUUUCAGGAUAGUCCUACCAACUGGGAUAAGCAUUGAUGAUUUGAUGGAAAGAGCUCUAAAACGUAUGCACAUCUUAGAUUGUGUAAAAGUAAUGGUUAUAGUGUAUCUGACACUAUUACCAAGGUUCGCUGCACAAGGUUCGCUCCUAUUGAUCGCCCUGUUUAGGGCAAUAAUCGACCAGUUUUCCUCGAAGAUUUUUCUGAUCUUUCUUAUUCUUGUCUCUUGCAAGAAUAAAGCAAUGUCUGCCUACUUCCCUUGAAAAAAAGUCCACUCAUUCCCUUUACUAUUCUUGAGCAGUCUAGAGUCAUUCUCAGUUUUGUUUUUUCGAGCCAAGCUGGGCGAGUGCGUUGCAUUGUGAUGUGCAUUUACUUCGCCCCCACUCAAAUGAUUGACGGAACAAAAAAACCUAUUCGAAGUUUGCUAACGCGCAGCGCGAUACAACGAAUUUGGCUGUAAUUGCCUCAUUGUGUCACUUCUUACUUACUGUAUCAGGGUUUGGGGUGUUGCGGCUUAUACAGUGGAAUCCCGCUCUAAGGACACCCGCUUUAUAUGGACAGUUUCGUUUGUCCCGACAAAAAGCUUAUAAAUUUCUCUAAAAUUAACCCACUUUAUACGGACACCGGUUAAUACGGACAACGGACACUUUUCUGUGUCCCGAGUCACCAACUCUUAUAUAUUGCCAACCCCGCUUUACGGACACUGGUUAUCUACAAACUGUCUAUUUUCAUUGUCACAAUUAUGUGAUAAUUGUAGACAUUGUACCCUGUUUAAAUAAUGACAGAUUUUUAUGGGUGAACAAACUUUCAUUACAGUACCAAAAAAAAAACAGUACCAAAGCAGCGUGACAUAUUUGAUUUUGAACAGUCUGUCUUUCUUCCGGUGUUUGACUCUUGUACUACGUAUGGUCCUUUAAUAAAGUUUUAUGCCUCCUGUUACUCACGUUUCACUUCCUUGGCUUUUUUUGCAGUCAUUCCUCUUAAAGUAAAGUCACAGACUUUUUCAAAUGAAUCCACCUACUGUCGUGCCUGUUUCAACAACAAUACUACAAUACUUAAAAGAUUUUACUCUGACACUAUGAUAAAUGAUCGUGAGGUUUCUUUAGGAUGAACUUCUUACGUUUUCUCGUCUGCUUUGGUCUUUACAUCGAUAAAACAUGUGUUCUUGACGUUUUCUCUGACAGCUCGCUUAAUACGGACACCCCGAUAAUACGGACACUAUGGCAUGUCCCGUUGGUGUCCGUAUUAACCGGGUUCCACUGUACCAAAUACCUUAGUCUCUGAAAUCGAUUUAUUAAGUAGCUUGCUAGAAAUCUUACACUGUUCUCUGAUAGGCCGUAUGCUUUGAGCUUGGAUAAGUUAGAGAGUUCAAACGGGAUUUUAAAAUCUCGAUACCCCAUUGUCUCUUGGGACUUCUACUCCUUGGGACUUGAUAAUAACUUGAGACCAAUCACCUUCGAAGAAAGAAUGUUUGGCGGCCAAACUCUCCUUCAUUUUCUCUUUCUGCUUUGAAUAAGAUAGAAUAAUUUGAUGCGUAAAUGUUAAUGAUGCCGAAUGCUUCUUUGUUAAAGGCUUCAAAUGCAGAAUAAAGGAUUUAAAGCAGGAAAUAGUGCCACGUUGCUUUAGUUACUAUAUACAUUUUGAAAUCACUGGUGCUGCAAUCUGAUUGGUAGCAGUGUGAUUUAUUAACAGAUCACACUCUUUUUGCUCUAAAUCACAUCUGUUCUAAAUAGCCUGGGCCUUCCACGCUUUUUUCAACUUUUGACAUGGACAAGUUAGGGAAAAUACAUCGACACCACUGGAAAGGGCGCCUUAAAAUUAGUACUUAAGCAACAGAAAACGUUUUCCGUGUUUGCAUAGCCUGAUAUAAACACGAGAGGGGUUGGGAGAAUUCAAGAUAGUUAUGUAAACCCGAGACGAAGUCGAGGGUUUGCGUAACUGUCGACGAAGGCUUGCACACGUAAUCAGUUCUUGUUUUGCAAAAAGAUGUGUCCCAAAAUAAGAACUUUUCUCCCUUAAAAUGUCAGCUUAAGCGAAAAAAAAUUGACACACCGUCCUUGUAACGAUUUUCAAAGUUUCAGCCGACGAAGGAAUGGGUAAAUAAAAUAAACUUGCCUAGUUUUGAACUUGAAAACUUUUCAAAUUCGUGCUUGCGUGAUUAGCGGGCGAAAAGCAAAACAUCUUGACGUCACACAUACAUACUCUCAUGCAAACACUCCUCUCAGCCAAUCAGAGCGCUCGUACUAUCUUAGUUAUUUUAUAAAGUGAAAAAAAGGCCACAAAGUUGCGAAAUUCAUAGAUGUUUGUGUGGUGGAGGGCAAGUUUGUGCCCCCACCAUACAAACGUCUUUAAAAUUUCGAGACUUUGAUCAGCUGUAUCUUCGUUAGUUUUCGACAAAUCACUUUCAAACUUGGCAAUUUACCAAAGUGCGAUUCAAGAAGGUGUCAGGUAAAAUGGUUAUUUCUAAGCGUUCGAGCUGCAAUACAAAUGUGUAGUCAACACGAAAGUGAAAAUGCUCUAUUUACUUACAGCAUAAAUAUGGGAUACGGUUUGUAAUAUAUGAUUAGGCAUUUAUUUUUGGCAUUCAUAAAAGAUCAGACACAAGUUAUCAAUGGCCCCUAUCCCCUAGAUUUGAUAGAGGGGGUUCUACAUAAGAGAUGAAGAUGAUUAAAGUAACGCCAUAAGUAUCUCCUUGAGUCGAAGCCUUGGAAAGUGAAAAGAGGUCGAAAGUAAAGCGAAGCACUUAGAAGAAGAGUCUAUACCUAACGGGCUUUUAUAAGUCAGUAGGCGGUCCAAUCGCGAUGAGCCCUAUAAAGAUGUUUGAAGAUAUUCAAACAUUGCCUAUAUAUAUCCUAUUUUCGUAGUAGUUAAGUCGAUUGAGUUGCUUUUCCUACAAAUUAGAAGUAGCCAUUAUAGCGUAAAUAAUCAAAAGUCCGAUUUACAUUUGCCUUGUGCUUUCCUACCAUCUCAUCCCCUCCCUUUUUCCUGCACUGACACUUAUUGGAUCGCUUCUUAAAUCAAGCUUAGCUAGGAUUUAAGUUUUUUGUUACGGUUCUGAAAAGAAUUAAAUCGGGUCAUUAUCGGUUUAUACAACAGAAAAAAGGGGUUAGUUCUUAAAGCUUAUGUUAUCACGUUUAUGACAUAACCUUCCGUGUGUUUUGAAAAUAAAUAAACGUUCUUAACUAUGUCACACACGAGCUAUUUUCUCCAACCCUUACCGGAGAAUCCCGCAAAGCAAGCACUGAAACGUCCUGAAAGCCGUAGCCUCCCUCGAAGACGCUCGUAGAGUUUCGUCAUGCAUUACUGGUCUUUCCGAACUGUUGUCUGCGUCGAAGGGCAUGUGCUCUGAAUAUCCGUUGCAAGAUGGUCUGAAGUUUUAUUGCUUGCAUUUGACCUUUGUAGUUGAUUCCAGAGGACAACAUUGCCUGUGAAACAUUUUUGAAGCACAUUAUAGCUGGAAACAUGUUGAGAUACCACCCCGGAAAUAAAUCUGUGCUUUACCCCCACGACCUCCGGUAGCGGGCGAAAAUAUUCCUUUUGUGCCCAGUGUGAGUUAAAAGCUGCUGUUAUGGCGUUGUCACGUAUUAUCUGAUAAGGAUCUGAGAAGCUCCAGCUAUACUGAUCACGUUCUGUUUGUCAGUCACGUCCUGUACUUUAAAACUAGUUGUUUGAAAAAGUAAAAGAACAAACAAACAAACAAACAAACAAAUCAAACUAACAAAUAAACAAAUAAAUCAGUGAGAAAAUAACCCAUGACCCAAAUCUUAGCCAUUUAGCUGCAAGGAUGACCCUUUGAAGCCAAUUCUAGAAGAAAAUGGAUCAUGUGCCAUGACCUUUUCAACGUGCAUUAGGUCGUAACACGUCAUAACCAUAAACCCGUGUUUCCGGCAAUCCCAGUUGCCUGAGCGAUCGACUAAUCAUUUCCUUUUGAAUAAUUCAAGAUCAUCAGUGAGAGUGAUUCCCUUCUUCUGGGAAAAAAGACAAACAACAAACAAAACAAAAACAGAGAUACAGAUACAAAGCAAAAAAACAAUUAAUAUCUGUAGAAGUUAGUUGUUGUUGUUCAUUUAAUACAGUCAAGACAUAUAAUAUACUUUUAAACAACUACAAUACGGCUUCCAAGCAAGCCUGUCAUGUAGAAAAAUAGCGAACGACAGUUUUGUUUCUGCUCAUAGGUAUAAGCUCCCACAUUAACAUAAUGUCAAAAAUUGGUUGCAAAACAUUUGGUGUCAAAUCAAUUUCCAGUGAACUAAAACACGUUUAGUGUUAGGGGGGGUACACAAGGGGGGGGGGAGUACUUUCUUUUCCAAAACGGGUACUGUAUGUACCACUAAACAAUUUUGCGUGAAUUGCUUUCUUGAAUAGGGUUUAGUUUCUUGAAUAGGGUUUAGUUUCUUCCGAUAACCUAUAAAAGAGUGCAAACCAGUUGCCUCUUUUCUUCCAAAACAAUUUACUUCCAUGUUAUUAGUUAAGAAAAUUGCUGCUAUUCGUACACGAAACGAAAUGAAUCACGGUCAUGGAAUAAGGUAUCUUGUUUAAGAGUAAAUAGCGAAAUGAACGUUUUCUGUCUUAAACAGGGUCAGGAGUUUUGAAGUACUCGGCGGCACAAUUCUACUUGAAUUUCCUUUGAGUGCGCCCCUCCCCCCCAGCCGGGGUUGUGAUAAACGUUAACAGUAUGUAAUAUAAGGACUUGAGGACUCGAUCCCUGUUAGCUCAGUUAUACACAGUGGUCUAGGAAUUUAACAUAAGACCAGUUUAAAUUAAAUCAUGAGCAAAGUGUGAGUUGCAACGUUACCCCACACGGCUUCCGAUCAUUUGACGUCACUAUAAGCUAGAAUGGCACGACUAUGUAUAUACGUGGUUAGUCAAGGCCUUACAAAGGAAAAGCUUUAUUCGUGGUUGCUCAAAAGUGCUGAGUAUAUCAUGAAACAGGAAAAGCGUGCCUGGUCUCACUGUAGCUGCCACUGGACUCGCCUAUAAAAGUGAACGGUGAUUCCUUACACCUCACAGUUCGAUAUAAACGUCUUGUAGUACGUCGUCUAGGUCUACGAGCCUCUGAAUUUGUUCUCAAGUUGUCAUUGCCUGUUGUGUACGAGCUGUUAAAGUGAAGUAAGUUGAUUUAUUCAAAAGCUUAAGUGCAAUUUUGGUCCAACGAAUCUUAAACAAGUCUCAGUUUAAGCUCUUAACUUAAUUUAAGUUUUCUUUGUUUGAUGGGACGCACAGCUAGAGUAGUUGUAAUGUUGUUGUUGUUGUUGUUGUUGUUGUUUUGUUUUGUUUGUGUUCGUCCAUUAUGUAUAAGGGAAAGAAUAUUUCUUUCUUUCUUUCUUUCGUAAAAAUAUUUUUUAAACUUAAGGGUAGAACUUGACUUGUUAAAUUCUCGGAUAGGACUGGGCAUUCUAUGCGAGCAGGAGCUCAUGAUGCGAGGGAACUUUAUUUAUCAAGAAAGCGACAAUAGAAAUAAUUAAGUACUCGUUACUGAUCAGUAUCAGGACUUUUUUCCCUAGCCGGCGCUGAUCAAAAAUGCUCUAAGAGCAGAAGUGCCUCCUGACGUCUGGGUUUUGCCCUGCUAAGACGUAACAAGAGAAAUGAGGCCAAAAUAAAUAACUUCUGUUUAACUGCAGGUCGACCAUGCAUCUGACGAUUCGCAUAUUCCUUUUGCUGACUGCUUUGGUUAUUGCAUUGUAUCAUGUUGAAGGUAAGGAUUACCUUUUUGUUAGAAUUUUUAUAUUCGCUAUCUUGUCUUAUGCUUGCUACAAUGUGAACUGGAAACCUGGUAGUAGCCUUAUUUAUGCGCUACUCUCAUCAUGAGCAUGCGCGACUCUAGUAAAAUAUUUGUUUAAUUGUUUAGUUGUACGUAUAGCCAGAAAAACAGUCGAUAAGGGAAGAUCUAAAGCUCUCCCGAGAAAAAGGCUAUCUAGUGGAUCUUCAAUCACCCACGAAGCCUUUCCAGCUUUAGAUGAACGUACUUUCGUACUUUGUUAAAUUAUAUUUUAACCCACAGAUGGGGGGAGUGGGGUUGGAUACACCCCCCUCCCCCAUAAUGUUUUUCUGAGUUUUUUCCUAGAGGAUAAAACAUCAGUACCUGACGCUUUCACUAGCUGUUCAUUCAUCCCUCGCUCGCAUUUUGAGACAAGUUUAGUGAUGGUCAGUUGCUAUGGUUACGAGAAACGACGUCAUAAGUAACAGGUGGUCAAGCCAAUUAAAAGGAAAAUACCUGCUUUUUCAACUUCUUUCAACAAUAAAAGUAAAUCUUGCGGCUAAAAUCAUGCAAAGUGCUUAUUUAUGUAUUAUUUUUCAUGUAAAGCACAAAAAAUUACCAUUUCUCGCGGUUUUAACCUGAUUUCCUACUCUUGGUAAAAUCCAAGAUGUACACCAUUGUUGGUGACUUGUUAAAAAGAUUAAAGGCCUUCCACUAAAGGUAAAAUCGUUUCAAAAUACUGCAGCAUAUCAAAAACUCCUUCAUAACCCCAACCCCCCCCCACCCCCCCCGCGCCUUUGUACCACGGUGGGGGUAUGAACUUGCGUGUACGUUCGAGGGUUAGUAAUUUCAUUGGUGUACGUUGGUGGCUUAACCAUUGAACUUACUUACUUACUUACUACCCGCUAUGCUUAGCCUAUGACUAUAUUAAAAAUUUCACUUUUGUUCAGCUCACAAUAGAUGUGACUGGCCGCGAGGUGCUUGUUAUUUCAAAUACGACCCUUGCCCGGCAAACACGGAACGCUGCCAGAAGUACGAUCACAGUUGUUCCAAAACAAAUCAUUGCUGCUGCAACCGACCAACUAGUAAGUUUCUUCAAAGGAAGCUUUCUUUUACAUGUUUUGAAUUCAUUUUUUCUUAUCGAUUUUGUGGUGACCUUAUUCGCCACUUUAGACAGGGGCACCCAACGAGAAUAAGGUUCAAAACAACUAAAACAUAGCAUUGUUAAACGUAUUUUAGUACUUAAACGAUAGAUAUAGGCACAUUUUUAUCCCUUAAAAAUUUUUCAUCUGUUCGGAUCUCCUAUCUGUAAGUCUAGUGAUCCGAAAAUUACAGGGAUCAAACUUACCUUUUCGAAAAUUUCAGCCAGAAAAAAGGCUAUCGAAAAUUUUUGGUGAUAUUUUCAGGGUAAAAAUUCGUUAAAAAGGGGCAAUUAUACCAGGUGUUAGAUGUUCCAAAAUCCUAGGAAAGGCAGGCAAGCAAGAAAUUUUACAACAAAUGUUCCGAAAAUUGUAGAUCUCAAAUCGUCUUCCGGACAGAUAUUUUUCGAAAAUUGACGUUGGGUGUUCAUGUUUAGAAACGAUGAGGAGACUGGUGCCGAAAUAUAUACCGCAAUUGUUUCUGGAAAACAAUAUCGUUACUGGGGACGCGCCAGUCAGCUAUUGGCCAUUAUUUUGCAUGCCCUUAUUAAGAGUCCCAGAAGCCUUUACGACAGUUAACUUGGCCCAGUUCCCCUCUCGUUUCUGAGAUGGAGAAUUGAGUGCCGUGCCAUGCGAGCCAGCACCUACAGCUACUGAAAAACAUACUGAAGAAAGCAAAAAAAGCGUUAGUGCUUCUGAGGAGAUGUACCCUUUAUCACUUGGAGUUUUGGUCUUUGGCACCGAUUUAUCUUCGUGCUUUAUGUAGGGGCCUAAGUUACUAUAUCAAAAAUGCUCCUUUUUAAGAGGCGAGAGAAAAAAAGUAGAGGAGGUCUUGAAGCGUCCAAAAGUAAGGUUCGAAAAAAAAAACUGACCACGAAACCGCUGCAAUUUAAGUUAGGGACAAAAAAAUAUAUAUUUGAACUUGUGUUAGUCUAACCUGGUCAGAAUGCUAUUGUGGAAUGUACGAAGGCAAAGCAAAAAAGAUGGAUUGUUUUUUAAAACUAUGCCGAAACUGAAACUAGCUGAACCUGAAAUAGUCGUAUGUGAAAGUGACUACACAAGAGGUUUCAUUUGAAUGGUUUUUACACUGCGGUGUAAAAUAUGUACAGUCAGUGCGUGAUUGACACCACUCGGAUGAUUGCCCGACGGAUGAUAAUUGUCAAGAUGAUUGCGCUGUCCAAAUCCGCGUAUUAUUUCAGUCAUACGACGUUUAGUUAUUACAGUUUUAAUUCCUUAGGUAUAUUGGUUUUAUAUCACUUAAUUCUCUUUUGUUUAAAAGCCCCUAAUCCACAACCAAAUGUAUGCGACUGGCCACGUGGAACUUGUACUUAUAACAAAGAGCCUUGUCCUCCAAAUUGGCAUCGCUGCCCUAAGUUUGACAAAGGAUGCAGACUUCCAACAAACCACUGCUGCUGCCGUAGGUAA